AUGAAGCUUGGAGAUUCUAAAUUGGCCUCAGCAAUAAAGAAUGUGAUUAUUGCAAAUAAGAAUGUUGAAAUAAUCAAAGAUGUGUUGCAAGAGGAUCCAAGGGAGAUGAAUGUUUCUGUGUUUGAUCAAGUGGGACAGGAGAAUUAAGAUGUCAAAUAUUUGGAUUUAUUCAUCCAUUUGACAGAAUAAUGUCUUAAUAAUCCUAACAAAUCUGCAACUCUUUGUACAGACUUGAUUCUCAAGAUAUCAUAUGUCAUCUCUGAUCCUUCUAAAUGGUCAAAACAUUUCAAUUCUAAAAUUUAGUAAUCAGAAUAAUAAAUAUUAGGUUUCAGAAAAAUCAAAUUCAUGAGAAGAUCAAUUAAUUCUUGUCCAACUAAACCAGUUCAGAAGAUUAUAAUUAUGGCUUUAACAAAUUUGGUUACAAUUAAUGAACCUGAAGAUGAAACUUUGUGUGAGUCAUGUCUGAAAUCUUUAAAGAUAUUGUAUAAGAACAACCCGGAUUUAAAAUAAUUACUUAAGAAGACAAUCCAGAAGAACAUCCUUACUAACUUGGAGCAAAAGAGUUUUCUUACAAUUCCUAUUUGUUUACUUAAGGGUUUGACUGAUUUUGCAUCAGAAAUCAAACUAGGUGACUGGAUGACCGAUUAACAAUGUAUUCUUUUUGGGAGAUGGCUCGAAUAAAUCUUUGUUAUAUUCAGAGACGAUAAGUCAAAGAUUGAUUAAUCAGUAGAAUGCACACUAUAAUUGAUGAGUAGAUGUUUCGUGGCCGAAUCCUUUGCCACUUAAUUAGAAGAAUUCAUUACAAUGGAUGGAGUGAUGGAUAUUUUGAGUUACUGUUUCUCUAUUUCAAAGAAGGCCAAAGCGGAUGAAAUAUUUACAAAGAAUAAGAUUAUAGUCUAUGUUUUUGAAAUGAUCAGCUCUUUAAACAGAUUUCUCAAAAAAUCAAAUCCAGUCUUAAAAGAAAAAUAUUCAGAUAAAAUAUCAACAGAAAUUAGCAAGAUGAUUGAUGAAUUGGAAUCAGAAAGAUAUCAUUUUGCUAAUUCUGAAUCUGUUAAAACUCAAGAGCAAUGCUAAAUUAUGAACAAGAAGUUAGGUUCUCUAAUUAGAGCAUAUGGCAAGAUUCUAGUAGAUAAUCCAUCAUAUACAAAAAUAUUGACAGAUAAAGAUAUUAAUGAUCCAAUCAAAAAAAAAGAGAGGGAACUUCUAGCUAGUCUAAAUGAGAAGUCGAAAUCAGAUAAGAAAGAGGAGAAAAUCAUCUUUAUUCAAGUCUUAAAACUAGUGACCAUUAAGAAAUUGGAUCCAUAUAUAUAUGGAAGUCUUUGCUAAUUUUUAGUAACGAUAUUAGAGAGUCAAGUGUGUGAUCUCUAUUUAGGUUCAAUAGUUUCCAAUACUGAAAAUUUUAAUAAUACUUUGUUGCUAUUGUCCAAGACUCUGUAUAAUGAGUUUUGUUUGAUGGCCCGAGUGUAUGGCAAUGUUUAAGUAACUGCUGAACAUACACUCGCUAAUAUGCCAACAGCAGAAUUACAAUAUGCAGUACUUCAAAUCUUAAAGGUGUUCGAAUGCAUUCAAAAGAAAGCUUCGGAUCCAAAUGACAUACAAAAGUUUUAAGAUAAAUUGAAAGGUUUAGAAUAAUGGAAUUACAAAUACAUCAUUUUGUCUUGUUUGGAAUCACCAGUGGAGGAAAUCAGAAUUGUAACUACAUAUUUACUAUCAAAUAUACCAAGUCGCAAAUGGGAAUUCGAUGAUCUGAAAACUAUGCAAAAGAUAUUGGAAAAACUCUAAUAGUUAUUGUCAGAUGGAUAAGGAGAGGAAGAAAUUUCUUGUUUAUUGAUGAUUUUUUGUAAUAUCGUAUCGUCUAAUGCAAAUCCAGUUUCAUAUCAAUUCAGGUAAAAUACAUCAUCAUCCAAUUUAUGUGUGGUUGCAUAUAAAAUAUUACGAACAAAUAUGAGUAGAGAUACAAGAGGAGAUGAGAAUCAAACCAGAUAAAAAAUUGCCUUAAGUGCUUCUUGUGUGUAUUUAUUAACUCAAUAUCUCUACUCUUCCCAAUUAAGAAAUAAUUUCUUUAACCAAAAGGCUCUCUUUGAGAUUGGAGAAGCAAUAAGAUUAGAAGAUCAAUCUGGGACUGAUAUUAAAACACCAUUGUCGAUAGAAUCAAUCUGUCUAGUCAUUUAGCCAUUGUUUCAAUCCAUAGAAUCUGACUUUGGUAUUAAUAUUACUCACUUAAACUUCUUUAGAGUUUUGAUGCAGAUUAGCAACAUUCUCAACUUUUAAAAGUAUUACUAGACAUAACAAUUGACUAAGGCGAGAGCUGAAAUUGAGAAGGAAAUAUAAGCUUAAAAGGAUUUAAUGCAAUCUAAGAAACAUAAGAUGCAUAAAGUUAAUCUGGCUGAAGACUUCGAUUACGAUAAUAAUUAAUCUGUGGAGGAUAUUUUAAGCCAAUACAAAAGAAGCUUGUAUUAGCAAUGUUGUGAAUAGUGGGAGGAUUGGAAGAUUGUUAAGUUCCCUAAUUAUAAAUCUCUUGAUCUCAUCGACGAUUUGAUCAGUGCUUUUGAAGUCUAACAUACUAUAUUUUCAUCUCAGAAUGGAGUAGACAGGUUGCUUGCUUGUCUAUAACCCCUUAUUUAACAUGUUCAUUUAGAUUUAGAAGAAAAAACAAUUUCAUUAGAGGCUUUAAAUCAAUCAGAAGGAAAUGAGUAUCAAUCAAAGGUUGUCACUUCCAGUUUAAGUAAACAUGCUAUUGUUAGUAAAUUGGUUGGAUAUCCUCAAAAUUAGGAUUUAAAUAUAUCAAGAUAUUCAUCGUAAUUUUUUGAAGUAGUUCAACAGAAGAAGAUUUUGGCAAAUAGUAUGGUGGAUUUAUAAUCAUUCUCUGAAGACUAAUUUUAUGAAUAUAUGUCACUUGCUCGCAGUCAGAAGAGCAAGAUUGCCUUAAUUACAAGUGCCUUUCUCUAUUCUUGUUACAUUUCCAUCAUUUUUGCACCUGAAGCAUCAAUACUUUGCAAUGCUUUAACAGAAAUGCAAUAAAAGGAGAAAUUGAUUGGGUACAUUAAACUAUGUGCUGCCUCAGAUUGGUACAACUCAUGUGUUUCAAUCAAAUUGUUUAAAAUUUAUAGAUUGAUUGGAAGACAUAUGAUAUUCUUUUUCAAUAGUGACAAUACAUUUAAUUUCUAAAAGUUUGUAUAAGAAGAAAUAAUUAAGUAAUUAAGAUAAAGCAAUGAAUUGCCUGUUGUUUUAGAACCCAAAUUAACAAAAAUAAAGAAAGCCAUUAAAGAUAUAGAAUCGAAAUAAAAGUUAUUAAAAAAAAAACCUUUGUUUUCUGCUCCAAAACCAGAGGAAUACUUAGAAACAUGCUAUUUAAUUAAUAAAACCAUUCAAAUUAUUCUGAGUGACUUUAAAGAAAUCAUUUAAUCUCUCAAUAAAAAUCAAUUAUUGCAACAAUUGAAAUUAGUCAAUAGCAUCUUCAAAACUAUACAAAUAGUGUUUAAAUAAAUGCUGAUGUGUGCUGUUGAAUUAAGAUAGGAUGAUUAUACAUAAAUAUUCUCAGCUCUACGCAAAAUCUAUAAAUAAAUUGGAGCCCAGAACUUCUUUGAUGAAUUGACCAUGUGUAUGCAAAAAUUAGAUAAAAAACUGUCAUCGAUGUCUACUCUAUUUUAAAGCAACGAUUUCUUACAAAAAUAAUAAUAUUAGUUAUAUGUCAAUUUAGCAUAAGUACUGGGAAUCAUAUUCAUAUAAAAAGGAUAAAAUCUAAAAUAACUAUUUGGUAAUUUAUGUUAAAGAUUUGACUCUUCUAAACUAUCUGAGGCUGUCAACAACGGAAUCAAAGCAUGGGUGGCUCAAAUGGUCAUGCUCCAUUAAUUCACUUUCAAAGAUAUUUAUAAUCCCUUUGUUAAUCAAAUUCCUAUUCAUGAAACCAUAAUAGAUUUUAAAAAGCAGGAGUCCUACACAAGAUACAAGAAUUGUCUACUAUUAGUUUAUAAUACCUACUUUAUUGUUCUUGAAGUGAUUGGAGUUUAAGUCAAUCAAGAUUUUCUAUAGACUCAAGUAACGUAAAAGAAUUACAAGAUCCAUUUACAUGUCCAAGGACAACAAAUUCGAGAGUCUCUGUGCUAAAUGUAGUAGUAGGCUAAUGCAAACAUGACUGAAGAGUAGAGAUAGGAAUUACAGGAACAUAUAGAGGAAUUUAAUGAAGGAUUGAAAGUUAUGGAUUUAUAGAUAAUGAACUUAGAUGGAGGGUCCAAAAAAUCUGAUCUUGAUUAUCUUUUUUACUUUUAAACAAAAUGGGAUUGUGCCAAAUAUGUUAAGAUCUUUAAUAUAUUACAAAAUGCCGAUACUAAUUUUGAAAAUCCGUUGAUUUGA